AUGAGUGCCCUCUCAGCUCGCAAUAGCGAGUUAGCUGCCGAGCUCCAAAAACUUGCUUUAGAAAAACAGGAUUCCGCUUUAAUUUUCAAGAAGUGUGAAGAGAUUCUAACAAAUCAGGUUUCAAAUAUUCGGACAAGUCACGAAAGCUUGGAUAUUCUUUUAAAAACCGGAUUUCAGAUGAACUUUGGAUUGGAAGAAGAACUCGAAAGAACCAAUAUUGAACUGCUGAAAAUGAAGGUCUUAAAUGAAGAGAAGGAGAGACAGGUGGCAGAGUCUUUCAAAAAGUGUAGUCAACUGUCUGAUGACCUCUCACAAGUCUAUGCACUUUUGCAGAAUUCUAAAGACAGUUGCCUAGAGAAAGGUAAGAAAAUCGCGUCUCUGGAGGAAGCGAUUAAAAAGCUAACUGAGGAGAAGGAUUUUAUUCAGAACGAUCUAAUUAAGAAAAGCUCGAUAUAUGAGACAGAGGUACGGUCUCGACAAAAGGAGUUGAUGCUACUUACUGAUAGGCUUAAACUGACCAUCCUCUCCUUCAAUUCUUUGUAG